AUGGCUUCCCUAGGGUGUUUCGAAUCAUUUCCUGGCACUGUUAUCAUACUCCCAGCCACUGAUACCACGCCCUUCCAACAAUGGACUAUCGGCGAACAGCUAUCGGAAGAUAUGCACCAGCAGACCAAGAGUGCUGUUGAGAAGGGUAUGGGUCCUUCCUACGCUGCAGCCAAGUUUUACUGCCAUAGUAUCGACCGCGAUGAGAAAGCUAUGAUGCGCAUUCAUCUUCAAGUUCCAAACCGCGUUCAAGGCACUGAGGUGGCUCCGAAACUACUUGCUCUUCACGAAGGAAAGCAGGAUAAGGACGGCGUUAUUUCCGGGGGCUUUGUGAACUAUCUCACUGGGAGAUUGUGCCAGGCAAACCCUUCAUCGAGGAAAGCUUAUGGGCUCUCAGUUAUGACACUCGCAACGUCAUCCGUAUUCAGCUUCGGACUCUAUCACAAGCUCUUACAAUGCGGAAUUGACCUCUACCCACCUCAUCUCCACAAGAUCAUCUAUGACGAUCAAACAUCAACGAUGCACCUUGGAGGCCGAAGAGGAGCAUUGAAGGCGGAUCCAGACGAGGAGUCGACCGAGGGUAACUAUAUGAGCUUUGGGUUGCUCAAGCUGUCCCAAAAUGUGGACUGGACUCGAGAUCUCAGUGUCUGGGAAUGGUGUAGAAUUGAUGGCGAAGCAGCAUGGGAGAAAAGUCAUCAAUGUAUGCCUACCAGGUGCCCAUAG